AUGCGAGUGGUCAUGCUUUUCAUUCUUCUCUGCAUCAAGCUCGGAUUCCCCAAAUUCUUCAAGUUCUACGAGUUCCUCAAGAGCCGCUUUCAACCUUUCCGUCGUCAUCGCCAGCGCAAGAGGGAACAAAGAGCGUUCACUUCGCUGAGCCAAAAGUUCACAUUCGCAUCGUUCAUCAAGCAUUCUCGCGAUAUUUCUAAGCCAGCCGCUGCAUUCUACUGCAACCGCAAAACUUGGUUCGUACAAACCCAUAUACUCAUCUCCUCAUCUUCGAGACCUUGCGAGCUAACCAUCUCCAAAGAACAAAUUUACUUUCAGUUAUACCAAGCAUCUCUUCAUCAAGCAACCAUGUUUUUCGCCAACCGAACUGAGGAGCUCGAGUACUACCGUAACGGCAUGCGGCAUCCACCCACGGAUCUCGAGUUCUGGACUGUUUCUUUUAUCUUCUGCUCGUUCAUCAGUGUUUUCACCGUCCUCAUAAUAUAUCCUAAAGGAACUUGGUUCCAGUGUCUCUCCGGAGCCGCUUUACUCUACCUCUUCUGUCAGGUUGUAGUCAACUACGUCAGCUGCGAGUAA